CUGGAACAAUAACAUUUAUUAACACUUUAGCACUUAAGUAUACGCUUUAUAAAUCGGCAGUUCGUAAGUUUGAAAAAAGUUUCGCGCGUGGUUUUCGGAUCUAUUUUCGUAAUCGAAAGUAUAUACACAAUCGGGUUGGAAAAAAAUUCGGUUGUUGUUAAAUUCCUUUUGGAUAUGAUGUUAUUAUCUGAAUUGUAAAUUGUGAUUGAAUUGUUGGAAGUUGGUUGAAAAUUCCUCGAAUUCCAAAUAAUGGAUUUCUAUUCGUUCUAAUCGUUCGUUUUAUGAUGAUUUCUUGAUAAACGACUCCGAAGAAUCUAAUAAACAGCGGGUCUCCCGAAGGUAAAAAAAAUCCCGAAAUAUGGCCGUUUCCUUGUAGGACGACCGGCGCUCGAUUAGAAUUCCACUCCUACACACCAGGAAAUAGAAUAUGAACGGUUCUCUGUACGACGAGGAGGAACCAUUCAAGACCAACGUGACGCUGGAGCAGUGCCAGGCCCAAUACGCCAAUGAGUCCUCGUUUUUGUCCCAACAAUAUCCCGAGGGAUAUUGCAAAGUUACAUUCGACAAAGUAUUGUGCUGGCCGCCCUCGCCUCACAACACCACUGUUACCAUUAAAUGUUUCUCGGAAUUGUUCCACAUCAAAUACGAUGACACACAAAACGCGACUAAGGAAUGCCUCUGGAACGGCACUUGGUCCAAAUCCAACUACAACUCCUGCAAAGAGAUCAUCACGCUUCCUGCGGAUGUCGAAACGCAGACCACGAUCUACUUCGUCGGGUACACGCUAAGUUUGGUCACCCUGUUUAUAGCCAUGAUGAUAUUCACGUAUUUCAAAGAAUUGCGAUGUUUGAGAAAUACAAUACACAUGAACUUGAUGUUAUCCUACAUGCUCACCUAUUGCGUGUGGAUAGUAACUCUCAUUUCGUUGAAUUUCGGUGGCAGCGUCCUCUGCAUAAUCAUAGUCACGUUGCUCCAUUACUUCCACAUAACGACAUUUUUCUGGAUGUUCGUCGAAGGUCUCUACCUUUAUAUUCUGGUCGUCGAGACGCUCACCAGAGAGAAUUUUAAAUUGCGAGUGUACAUCUUCAUCGGAUGGGGCAUGCCGAUGAUAUUCGUAUUGAUUUGGGUGACGGUGAAAUCGUUCAUUCCCCAAUCGGAGGAUCUCAACAACUCGUGCCGCUGGUUCGACACGCAUCCGAUCGACUGGAUAUUCCAAGCGCCCACCGUAUUGGUCCUGCUGUUGAAUUUGGUGUUCCUCUUGUGCAUCAUGUGGGUGCUGAUUACGAAGCUCCGAUCGGCCAACACGUUGGAAACGCAACAAUACCACAAAGCCGCCAAAGCUCUGCUCGUCCUGAUGCCUCUGCUCGGCAUCACCUACGUGAUCACCAUCUACGCGCCGAUGCCGGACGCUUCGGUGAACGUGUUCGAAUGCACCAGGGCCGUAUUGUUAUCGACGCAGGGUUUCACCGUAGCUUUGUUCUACUGCUUCUUGAACACGGAGGUCCAGAACACUCUGAGGCAUCACAUAGAAAACUGGAAGACCAGGCGCUCUUUGGGACCCCGAAGUCUCCGAUCGGGCAGCAAAAGCAAAGAUUGGUCGCCGCGAUCGAGAACUGAAAGCAUACGGUUAUACAGCCAGCCCACUAACAUCUAUCACAAAAGGGAAUCUUGCACCUCAGAAAUAACAACAACGACUAUAGUAACGGUCAACGGGGGCGGUUCCAGACCCACCAACGGCACUCCCAAAGCGAGGAGCCCCUUUUUGUACCCGCCGAGGCCUAGUUACGGGGGUAACGUGUAAAGUUCCCACAUUCCUGCCGGUACAAUGCAUACCUAUCGAACGUCCCUUCCUUUAUCAUUUACUACCGAUUACAUUUUAUUGAAUUUAAUACCUACUACCUACGUUAUCUACAUUGUUAAAAUUGUGUUGCAAUUUUGUUAAUCUCGAUCCAUUAUAAAUCAAUUUGGAGUAUGCGGAUUUCUGGAGGUAAUUUAUAUUUAUGUAUAUACAUAUAAUGGAAAAUGCCUUUAUGAAUAUUUAUGAGUGCGAAUGAAUAUACUGUCAUGGAUGCAGCGACUGUGCAUAAUAAUAUAUCAUACCUACAUGUAUACGUCAAGUUACACGUAUUACAAAAUGUUAAAAAUGAGGAUGGAUGUCGUGCAAGAAUAACCAUUUUUAAUAGUUUUUGUCGCAUCAUAAAACAUCUUUGUGGAAGUGAUACGACUUACAAAAUAUUUUUAAGAGGUUCGUUUUAUUCCAUAACAUAUACAUACCAAAUAUUACUUUUAAAUAGGAUGAGUAGUUUCCUAUAUACAGAUAGUUUUACUCUACGUGGGACAC